AUGACCACACACAAGGGAGAGGAGCAGAUGAAAGGGGAGGGGGGGAACCACAAACCAGAGAAGAAGGAAGACAUGGAGGCAGCACAAGUACAGGAAGGAAAGCACGACCAAGCAGACACAGGCAGUGAUGUGUAUGCCACCCUGGCAGACGAACCAGAAAAAGAAAAAAAAACACUAAAGGGAAAAAUAAUAGAAUUAGAAAACACAAUAAACACAAAAAUAGUAGAACUGCAAAAGGAGCUAAAUGAAUCCAAGCAGAAACAACAGACACAGGACUUGGACUUUACAACGAUCUUAGAAGAAUUCAAGGAGGAGAUAACCAAGAAGAUUAAUGAAGCAACCGAGGUAAUAGAAAAGAAACUGGAAGAACAGAAUUUGAAACAUGCCAAGCUGUUUAGCAUCCUCGUGUCUUUAAAAAAUGAGAACUCUACCAUUAGCAAGUCCAUUUCUUUGCUUAACGAUAAGAUCCAUAUGAUUGAGGGGGAAAUUGGAGAAUAG